CUCAGGUGGUCCUGGACGCGCCAGGCUGGGGCCGCCUCUAAAUGCCCCGCAGGGGCCAUGGAUGGUGAGACAGCAGCGGAGCAGGGGCCCCCUGCGCCCCCGCCCGGUGCACCUGUUGGACUUGGCUUGGGAGACAGUCCCUCUCUAGGGGUGCGGCGCGAACCCAAGAAGUAUGCGGUGACGGACGACUACCAGUUGUCCAAGCAGGUGCUGGGCCUGGGUGUGAACGGCAAGGUGCUCGAGUGCUUCCACAGACAGACGGGCCAGAAGUGUGCCCUGAAGCUCCUGUAUGACAGCCCCAAGGCCCGGCAGGAAGUGGACCACCACUGGCAGGCCUCGGGCGGCCCCCACAUUGUGCGUAUUCUGGACGUGUAUGAGAACAUGCAUCACAGCAAGCGCUGCCUCCUCAUCGUCAUGGAAUGCAUGGAAGGUGGUGAGCUGUUCAGCAGGAUUCAGGAGCGUGGUGAUCAGGCUUUCACUGAGAGAGAGGCUGCAGAGAUCAUGCGGGAUAUUGGUACUGCCAUCCAGUUCCUGCAUAGUCAGAAUAUUGCCCACCGGGAUGUAAAGCCUGAAAACCUGCUUUACACAUCUAAGGAGAAAGACUCGGUGCUCAAGCUCACAGACUUUGGCUUUGCCAAAGAAACCACCCAGAAUGCCCUGCAGACACCCUGCUACACUCCCUAUUAUGUGGCCCCUGAGGUCUUGGGUCCAGAGAAGUAUGACAAGUCGUGCGACAUGUGGUCCCUGGGCGUCAUCAUGUACAUUCUCCUAUGUGGCUUCCCACCCUUCUACUCCAACACGGGCCAGGCCAUCUCCCCUGGGAUGAAGAGGAGGAUCCGCCUGGGUCAGUACGGCUUCCCUAACCCUGAAUGGUCGGAUGUCUCUGAGGAUGCCAAGCAGCUGAUUCGCCUUCUGCUGAAGACAGACCCCACAGAGAGGUUGACCAUCACACAGUUCAUGAACCAUCCUUGGAUCAAUCAAUUGAUGGUGGUGCCACAGACCCCACUCCACACAGCCCGAGUGUUGCAGGAGGACAAAGAUCAUUGGGAUGAAGUCAAGGAGGAAAUGACCAGUGCCCUGGCCACCAUGCGUGUGGACUAUGACCAGGUGAAGAUCAAGGACCUGAAGACCUCUAACAACCGACUCCUUAACAAGCGGAGAAAAAAACAGGCAGGCAGCUCCUCAGCCUUGCAAGGCUGCAACAACCAGUAGCUCCUGGAAUCAUGGAAGAGCCAGGCUGGAGUGUGCUGAGGCCCUGGUGAAAAGAGCCCAGGGUUAUUUUUUAUUUUUUAACAAAAGGAUUAUUUUGUUGUGUUUUAAUUUUUCACUUGGAACUUAAAGAUGGGGGCCCUGGUCCAAACCUCUUUCAGAGCUCUAGUCCCACCCUAGCCCAGGUCCUAGGGAGGGGC